UAAACGCUGUAGCUACGGUUAUUUUGAGUAAUUUUUCUUAUUGCAGUGGACAUAUAAAUUACAAAAAAUGAAAAGUUUUGUGCUUUGCACGUUUGUUUUUAUACUUGCUUCGUCUGGUUCAACAGAACUAAAACAACAGCUAAAAAAUGCAGUAGGAGACAUACGUGAUAGUGUUCUAGCUUGCACGAAUGAAAUUGGUUUAUUAUCUCCUACUGAAAUGUAUGAAGAAGAAGAAAUAAUGACUAACGUACAUACUGAAUCCGGAAAUGAAGAAAGAACGAGAAAAAAUGGUUGCUUUAUUGCAUGCAUCUUAAAAAAAGAGAAUUUAAUGGAUGGAACAAACAUUAAAGAAGCACAGGUACAUCUAAAAUUAGAUGAAUAUGUUAGACCUGGUCGUGAACAAGGUAUAGCGCACAAAAUUGCGCGUAGAUGCAUGAAAGAAGCCAGAAGUAUUACAGAAGAAUGUGAGAAAGGUUUCUCUCUCUAUUCAUGCGUAUUAAGAAGUUUACAUAAAGUGAUGAAACAUGAAGAACAUGAAAAAGAAGAAACAGAAGAGGAAACAGAAACAGAACAAACAUUGAAUAAACAAGAAGAAACAACAGAAGAAGCAGAAGCAGAACAAACUGAAUAAAUACAACCAUCAUAAAUACAAAAAUUGAAUACUAUCUAUAUAACUAUUAACUAAAAUUUAUAAUAAACAUUUAUGCAAUUUACAUUAAAUAAAAA